ACAACACACACACACACACACACACAACUCCAUUAAUCAAUAAUCAGCUGAUCUAUUGGAAUAAAUUCUAGCAGAAGAGUUUCAGACACCUGACUCCACCUUUGACCCGAUUCAUGAGCUGGACCACGACAACCAGAACUCCCAUCAUGAAUCAGGACACGCUGUGCUGGGAGCUCCAGGCGUUGGUCAGGUCCGGUCUGGAGUUCUGAUCCCAUUCCCUCCUCCCACCAGCAGCGUUCCUCCUCCCACCAGCAGCAUUAAACCUCCUGAGCAAUCAGCUGCACCUCGUCCUGCGUCUCCUCUCAGCAUGUUUCUGCUGCACCUCCUCGCUCUGAUCUUCAUCUCCACCAGAACCGUGGAGCCGCCGCAGGAGGAGAAGAAGAAGAAGGAGGAGGAGGAGGAGAAGAAGAAGAAGGAAGAAGAGGAGGAGGAGGAGGAGAAGAAGAAGAAGGAAGAAGAGGAGGAGGAGGAGAAGGAGACCAAGAGCAAGUAUGAUCUGAUGUUCCAGAGAGGAGACCUGCUGGAGGUUCCCCGGACGCUGUUCACCCACUUUGGGAUUUACCUGGGGGGAGGCAGAGUGGCUCAUUUCAUCCCAGACAUCAUGCCCGUCAUCUCCAGGGACCAGUCUCAGAUCCGCCUGAUGGUGACCAACACCAGACUCAUACUGGGAGUUCUGGUCAAGUGUGGGAGCAUCCGAGUGGACUCGGUGGACGACUUUGCCUACGGAGCAGAGAUCCUGGUCAACCCCAUGGACCGGAUGUGCGGUCGCUUGGCGCUGCCAGGAGAGGAGGUGGCCCUGCGGGCGGAGAAGCUGCUGGGGGACGUGUCCUACAGCCUGCUGUGGUACAACUGUGAACACUUCGUCAUGUUCUGCAGAUAUGGGGCCUCCACCAGCUUCCAGACCUUCCAGUUCUGUAAGACCAUGAGGAAGCUGCUGCUGAGUCGACGCGUUGCCAAGGUAACGGCGAUGCUCUCAAUGUGCCUGCUGGUCUACCUGAGAGCUGUGAACACCUGGUCGGUCCUGCCAGCGUUCCUGCUGCCGUUCCUCCUCUGGAUGGCCUCGUAAAAGGAUGAUUUCUGUCAUAUCAACAGAUUUAAACCGGAUCCAGUCCGGGCUUUUAUGGUUCAUGCCUGCAGCUCAUAACAUGACAGUUUUAUGUUGUUUAACCAGUUUUUAAAAUGCGAUACUAGAUAAAUACUCUGAUCUGAUAUGGAUUCAUUCAGUGAGUUUGUCAGAAAAUGAAUUAAACUUUCUCACAUUGACCGUGAUGGAUUGCCUCU